AAAAUAGCUUUAAAGCUAAAAACAAAACCUUAUGUUCCACAACUUCAAUUAAAAGGUUUUGAUAGUCUUUACUGAUAUUUCUAUCUCCUUCAAGCUGUGGCUAAAACUGAAGCUAAACUUUUGUGAGAUGUAUCUGCAACUUUUAGGUCUGACGCUGGAGAGACGAAAUGUCUUACGGAUGCCUCUUUAACUGUUGAGGCAAAGCUGCGCUCUGAGGUUCACCUUAAACUUUAAAACUGCGUUCAAUGCGUUUUUGCUUUGUUUGAAUAUUAUUAAACUUUUUUUAUCUUUUGGUGGCAGAGUUGCUCUUUGAAAUAACACAAAAACCUUACUACGUGUUUGGGUGAGAUGCUGUGAUGGGUUUCAGAGCAGCUGCUUUUUUAUUGUUUGUGUCAGGAGGAAAUCUUGGCUCCGCAGCUCAAAACUCGUUGGUCACCAAUGAGACCGCCAACCAAACCCAAAGAGAACAAGAGACAACAAGAUCACAGUGGGCAACUCGGCUUUCUCCUGUCACCUUCCAGCUCAAAACCUACCGGCUCAGAAACCUGCCCCAUUUGGUGAGGAGCAGACUUCACAAAGCCUGCAGGUGGCCCAGGCCAGGCUUGAUCUUCCAAGUUGUGAAGCUCGAGCGGCCCGUGCCUGCGCCAGCGGAGACCAGGUCGGUGCACUGUGGUGAAGAAAAGGUCACCGUGGCGGUCAAAAAGAACUUUCUAGGUAAUGGUCAGCUGAUCCAACCCAAUGAUCUGAGUUUAGGAGUGAUGGUGGUUGAUGCUGUGUAUCACAUCCUGCUGUUUGAGACAGAACUACAGGACUGUGGCAGCACAGUUACCGCAAGUAUUCAACUCAUACACGACUGCCAGUGUGCGUGUGAAGAGGCAUUACGCUUGAGGCCUCAGUGGACGACGUUCGCCUUUGAAAUGCAAACAGAACAGUAGCUUCACUUUGCGUUGUGCCUCAUGACAGAGGUCUGGCGGUCGCCCAGGGCGUCCAACGUCUUCUUUGUGAGAGAGAUGAUGCAUGUGGAGGCGGCGACGGUGAUGCAGGGCUACCACGUCCCUCUGAGUGUCUUGGUGGACAGCUGUGUGGUCACCGCGAGCCCCAAUCCAAGUUCUCAUCCCAGUUACUCCUUUAUUGGCAACCACAAGUGUUUGACUGACUCUAAGCUGACAGGAGCCCAGUUUUACUUCAUGCCGAGGAGCCAAGAGGAUAAACUUCAUUUCCAGCUGAAAGCCUUCAAGUUUAAACACGAUGACAGGAGCGAAUUCUACAUAACAUGCCGACUGAAAGCGACAACAGUCAGUGUUCUCGUCGACUCUCAACACAAAGCCUGCUCCUUCCUGACCAAAGCCGUAAGAUGGGUGGCGUCAGGUGGAGACAACAAGUUGUGUAGCUGCUGUGAGACCAGCUGCGGUGGGCAGGUGCAGAGAAAAAGCCCCGCAGCAGAUGCUGCUCUGGGUCCCAUCCUGUUAGAGGACGGCGCUUCUUCCUGAAUCAGUUCAACAAAACUGAGUCUGGUAACCCCUGGUAACGUCUUCCUGGCUAAUUCUGCCUGCUGUAGCUAACAGAGCCAAUAAUCCCUGCCUUUUCCUUCUCAUGCUCCCUCAGCCUCUUAUUCAUCUGUGUGGAGCAGGUGUUGCUCAUGUGGUGAUGGUCUCAGUGAGCACUUUAGUCUGCAGCAGACUCCAUAAACCCGCUGGGCAUUCUGUUUGUACCUGAGUUAAGCCAA